AUGAGCACCAAUGGCAGCACGGUGGGCCAGCUCCUCUUGCAGAGGCCAGUAUGCAUUAGCUGGAGUCAGGAUAUGGAAGGGGCUGUCUACCACCUGGCCAACUGCUUCUUGCUCCUGGGCUUCAUGGGGGGCAGUGGGGUGUAUGGUUGCUUCUACCUCUUUGGCUUCCUGGGCACAGGCUAUCUGUGCUGUGUGCUGUGGGGCUGGUUCAAUGCCUGCAGCCUGGACAUCAUCCUGUGGAGCUCCCUGCUGGUAGUGGCCUGCCUGCUUCAGCUGGCACACCUGGUGUACCGCCUGCGCAAGGAUACCCUUCCUGAGGAGUUUGCCCUCCUCUACAAGACUCUGUGCCUGCCCUUGCAGGUGCCCCUGCAGGCAUACAAGGAGAUUGUUCACUGCUGUGAGGAGCAGGUCCUAGCUCUGGCCACUGAGCAGACCUAUGCUGUGGAGGGUGAGACACCUAUCAACCGCCUGUCCCUGCUGCUCACUGGCCGGGUUCGUGUGAGCCAGGAUGGGCAGUUUCUGCACUACAUCUUUCCAUACCAGUUCAUGGACUCUCCUGAGUGGGAAUCGCUGCAGCCCUCGGAGGAGGGGGUGUUCCAGGUCACCCUGACUGCUGAGACCACAUGUAGCUACAUUUCCUGGCCUCGGAAAAGUCUUUACCUUCUUCUGGCCAAAGAUCGAUACAUCUCCUGCCUCUUCUCUGCCUUGCUGGGCAAUGACAUCUCAGAGAAGCUCUACGCUCUCAAUGACAAACUCUUUGCUAAGUUUGGGCUGCGCUUCGAUAUCCGCCUCCCCAGCCUCUACCACGUCCUGGGUCCCACAGCCUCGGAUGCAGGGCCAGAGUCUGAAAAGAAUGAUGAAGAAAUCUGUGAGCCAGCAAUAUCUCCUCAGGCCCUGCCCACAUCUGUCCAGAAAACACUCCCUUAUCCUCCCAUUCCAGCUGCCACCAACCCUCCUGUACCUCUUUCCCGGGCCAGAGUAUCUAGGCCUGACAGCAGUGUCCUUGAUUCUAAAACUCCUCUCCAGAGCUACUCUCAAGUUAUGUCCAAGGGACAGGUCCCUCUGGCUCCAACACACACUGCUGAACUUUAA